AUGUAUUUGGUCCAUGGUCUGUUUCCACACGACAUACUAGAGAAAAAUCAUGCAAACAGUAAACGCUGGGCUGUCAUAUUUACUUGUAUGACCACCAGAGCUGUCCAUAUCGAGGUCAUUGAAUCAAUGGACACUACAAGUUUCAUAAAUGCCCUCAGACGCUUCAUUGCAAUACAAGGCCCUGUGAAACAUGUCCGCUCUGACAGGGACACUAACUUUGUUGGAGCAGCCAAAGAACUGCAAAUCUCAUCAAACAUUAAUAUGAAGGAUGGGGAGAGCUACUUAGCUGAUCAGGACUGCACUUGGACUUUCAAUCCACCAUACUCUUCUCAUAUGGGAGGUGCCUGGGAAAGAAUGACUGGCAUAGCCAAGAGGAUCUUCAAUUCCAUCUUCUUGCAAGUAAAUCCUAAAUUUGAAAGAUUCUGGACUCAUAUAAGUGCAGAUGGAUGCAGGUUAGCCCUCAUUUGGAAAUAUGGAGGCAUUUAUAUGGAUUCUGACUUUAUAUCAAUGCGGCCCAUCCCAGAUGUGAACUUUCUUGCGGGCCAAUGCUCUCAGUUUUCGAGUAAUGGUGUAUUUGGACUAUCCCAUCACCACAAUUUUUCCUUGAAAAGCAUGGAAAACUUUGUGCAGAAUUAUAAUGGAGCAAUAUGGGGGAACCAAGGUCCACACCUUUUUACACGCACUCUAAAGACAUUUUGUACUAUUCCUGAUUUUAAGUCUACUGAGGAUGUUAAAUGUGGGAACAUCUCUUUUUCGAAUCCCAAGAGGUUCUAUCCUAUUCCAUUCAAAGACUGGAAAAGAUACUAUGAUGUCUGUCCAAAUGUGCCAACUUUCAAUGAUUCUUAUGCCUUGCAUUUCUGGAAUUUUAUGAACAAAGAACAGAAAACUAUGGUUCCUGGAGAUAACACACUGAUAGAACAUCUCUACAAACAGUAUUGUCCCACAACCUACGCUGCUCUUAAAAAUAAUGAGCCUAUUUAUGGUUAGUUAUUUAUUAUCCUUGUCUUGCAUCCCUGGGAAUAUUUAUGGCUAGAUAUUUACUGAGACCUGCGAGUGUUCUGUGACUGCUGCAACCACAACCAUGUGCCUGCAUAAAGUAGUUCCAACCCAGCUGGAACUUUACAAACUCACCUAACUUGUCAAUGGAUGCCUGAAGAAGUUUGAAAGUAUUUGAUCCCAUUGGCUCAACUCACCUGCAACCACCACUCACCGACUAAAGCAAAUCUUCAGCUACUCUCUUCUCUCUUUCUCCCUUUUCUGUCCCUUCCUACUCUGAUUCUUGGGGCAAGGACAGACAAAGUGUACACUUGAUAAAGGGUAUUGACCCGAAACAUGUUGUGUUACCACUACCCACAAUAAAUGUU